GUGCGGCGGCGGCGGCGGCGGCGGCGGCGGCAGCGGCAUGGCCGUCUGGACCCGCGCCUGCAAAACGGGGCUGCUGGAGCUGCUGCUGCGGGAGCGCUGGGUGCGGGUGGCGGCGGAGCUGAGCGGCGAGGCGCUGAGCCUGACAGCGGAACCGGGAGGCGGCGAGGCGGCGGUGCUUAACGGCGUGGUUAACGGCAACGCGGAGGCGGCGCCCGGUUGCGUGCGGAGGGUGCGGGUGGUGAAGGCGGAGGCGGGAGGGCUCGGUAUCAGCAUCAAGGGAGGUCGGGAGAACCGUAUGCCGGUGCUCAUCUCACGUAUCUUCCCGGGGCUGGCGGCGGAGCGGAGCGGGGCGCUCCGCCUGGGCGACGCCAUCCUCGCCGUUAACGGCGUCGAUCUCCGGGAUGCCACCCACGAUCAAGCCGUCCAGGCGCUGAAGCGAGCCGGGAAGGAAGUCAUCCUCGAAGUGAAGUUCAUGCGGGAGGUGACCCCCUACAUCAAGAAGCCGUCGCUGGUGUCGGACCUGCCGUGGGAGGGGGCCGCCCCGCAGUCGCCCAGCCUGAGCGGCAGCGAGGACUCGGGGUCCCCCCAGCACCAGAGCCCCCGCGACCGCAAAGUGAUCCCCCUGAAGAUGUGCUUCGCCGCCAGGAACCUCAGCAUGCCCGACCUGGAGAACCGGCUGAUCGAGCUGCACUCGCCGGACAGCAGGAACACCCUGAUCCUGCGCUGCAAGGACACGGCGACGGCACACGCCUGGUUCACGGCCCUGCACGCCAACAUCACCGCCCUGCUCCCCCAGGUCCUGGCCGAGCUCAACGCCACGCUGGGCACCGGCGGCGGCGCGGCGGCCGGCGGCAGGGAGGUGAAGCACAUCGCCUGGCUGGCCGAGCAGGCGCGCCUGGACGGAGGGCGGCAGCAGUGGCGGCCGGUCCUCAUGGCGGUGACGGAGAAGGACCUGCUGCUGUACGACGGCAUGCCCUGGACCAGGGACGCCUGGGCCUCCCCUUGCCACAGCUACCCGCUGGUGGCUACCAGGCUGGUCCACUCGGGCUCGGGCCACCGCUCGCCCGCGCUGGGCUCGGAGCUCACCUUCGCCACCCGGACUGGCUCUCGCCAGGGCGUGGAGAUGCACGUCUUCCGCGUGGAAACCCACCGGGACCUCUCCUCCUGGACGCGCAUCCUCGUCCAGGGCUGCCACGCCGCCGCCGAGCUGAUCAAGGAGGUGUCUGUGGGCUGCACGCUGGGCGGGCAGGAGGUGCAGCUCUCCAUCCACUACGAGGGCGGCUUCACCAUCUGCCGCGAGGAGCCGGGCGGCAGCGUCCUCUUCCGUUACCCCUACGAGAGGCUGAAGAUGUCGGCGGACGACGGCAUCCGGACCCUCUACCUGGAUUUCGGGGGCCCCGAGGGGGAGCUGGCGCUGGACCUGCACUCCUGCCCCAAACCCAUCGUCUUCGUCCUGCACACCUUCCUCUCGGCCAAAGUCACCCGCAUGGGGCUGCUGGCGUAGGUGGCCCCAGCCCCCCGCCCGCCUCCCCCCACCACAAACCAGCUGGGGAAUGUAGAGGGGGGCCCCCCCCCCCACCCCACCCCACCAGUGCCUUGCUGGGGCCGGGACUCAGCGCCCCGAGAGCCGCCGGGGAUAGGCAGGGUGGCUGCUCCGGGGUGGGGGGGGGGAUGAGCCUCUCCUGCUCCACACACCAGUGGUCCUGGCCCCCCCAGCACAAAUGGGGGGGGGCCGGGGCACAUACACCAGCUUUAACCGCCCCCACCCCCCCCCAGGCCCAAAGCCAUCACUGAUCUCACCACCUGUGCCUUGGAGGGGGGGUGAGCCUGGCCCCCACACCUGGGGGUGCUCCCCCCCCUCCCUGUGUCUGGGGGAGCCAGCACCCUCCCUGCCUUGGGGCUCCCCCCCCCCGCCGUGGGUCACGUUGUUCCUGCAUGGGAUGGGGCUUGGGUCCCCUUGCCCCCCCCACAGGGUUUGGGGGACACACACACUUGUCUUACUCGGGGCACUCACAGAUGCAAAAGGGGCUCCACCCCCCCCCCCCCAGCAGCUGCCCACAGGGCGCAGCAGUGACCCCCCCCCAACCUCCCAAAGCCAGAAAA